GGGUUUGCCAAGGGGCUGGCGGACGUGGCAGACAAUCUCUCUCGGGCCGCCGCCUCUGCCUCCCUGCCGCCGCACCCCGCCUCCCCCAACAGUGGGCAGGGCAAGGGCGGGGAGGGUGGGGGUGGGCGCGACCCGGAGGCGCUGCUGAAGUCGCUGUUGGAUGGGGUGGAGAUGACGGAGAAGCAGCUCAUGCAGGUGUUUCGGCAGCAUGGCAUGGAGCGCCACGACCCCAUGGGGCAGCGCUUUGACCCCAACCUGCACAACGCCGUGUUUGAACUCGAAGACCCCACCAAGGAGCCGGGCACCAUCGCCCACGUGCUCAAGGUGGGCUACACUCUUCACGGCCGUGUGCCCUCACCCACGACGUUCUUCCGCCUGCCUCGCCAGUCGCUUCCCUGCCCCCCGUGGCGCCAUGCGACCCCAUCUCGUCGCGAUCUCGCUCUCUUCCUCGCCCUUCCCGCUCCGCGCGUCUCACGCACUCGCCUCGCGCUCUCUCGCCCCUCCCGCGCCACCCCCGUGCCACUCUCGCUCCUUGCGGUCUUUCCCGGCGCGGGGAUGGUGGCGAAGAGAACUCGACAGCUGGUUAUUGUGAGGCGCGCGGCUGCUGCCGCCCCUGUUGCCCCCCUCCACCCGCUCCUGCUCGGACCGCUCUCGCCCGCCUUCAUCUGCGCGCGCUGCGUGCCGCUGCCGCCUCGCCCUGCUCGUCCAUCCGUCCCCCUCUCUCCUUCUCUCCGUGCCCUCACUCUCUCGUGCAAGGCCGUUGCUCGCCUUUUCGUGCCAUGCACCCUCAUCACAUGCCGUGUUGCCACAUGGUGCCACGUGGCAGGGCGUAUUGGCGGGCUGCAUCAUCACCGCUAUCCUCUAUCUCUUCGCCGUGCUCCAGGUGCGCCCAGCAACAUGUGGGGCAGGAGCGCAGGAGGCCAUCAGUGGAUGUGGACGCGCGCCUCCGCGCCAUUGAAGGUCGCCCACCCAUCGCCUUCCACCCAUGCCCUUCCACCCAUCCCCUUCCACCCAUGCCACACUCACUCCCAUGUCGCUCACUCCCAUGUCGCUCACUCCCAUGCCGCUCACUCCCAUGCUGCUCACUCCCAUGCCGCUCACUCCCGUUUUGCUCACUCCCAUGCCGCUCACUCCCAUGCCGCUCACUCCCGUUUUGCUCACUCCCAUGCCACUCACUCCCAUGUCGCUCACUCCCAUGUCGCUCACUCCCAUGUCGCUCACUCCCAUGUCGCUCACUCCGAUAUGCCUCCAUCCGCGUUGCUGCCACCGCUUGCAUCCGUCAUCUUCACCCUCCCUCCCACUCUCCCCUCCGCUCUCGCCAUCAUCUCGCUCGCCGCCCAUCCCUUAACCCCUUGCCUGCGCCCCCCUGCCUGCCACCCUGCCUGUGCCCGCCUGCCUGCGCCCCUGGGUGGGAGAGCAGAGCAAGUGGCGCGGAUGGCAGCGGCGGACGUGGUGGGGGUGGUGAGGGAGGAGGUGGGGCGCGUGGGCGGGCAGGUGGAGGCGGUGCAGGCGCUGCAGCGAGCCAGCGCGCAGGCUGGGGGGGACAGGGGGGCGGCGCUGGAGGCGCGUGCGAGGGAGGCGGAGGAGAGGGCGGCGCAGCUGAACGACACGGUGGGGCGCCUGCAGGCUGCUCUCAGGCAGCACAGCGCCACCAUCGCUGCCCUGCAGGUGGGCAGCACAGCGCCACCAUCGCUGCCCUGCAGGUGGGCAGCACAGCGCCACCAUCGCUGCCCUGCAGGUGGGCAGCACAGCGCCACCAUCGCUGCCCUGCAGGUGGGCAGCACAGCGCCACCAUCGCUGCCCUGCAGGUGGGCAGCACAGCGCCACCAUCGCUGCCCUGCAGGUGGGCAGCACAGCGCCACCAUCGCUGCCCUGCAGGUGGGCAGCACAGCGCCACCAUCGCUGCCCUGCAGGUGGGCAGCACAGCGCCACCAUCGCUGCCCUGCAGGUGGGCAGCACAGCGCCACCAUCGCUGCCCUGCAGGUGGGCUGCACAGCGCCACCAUCGCUGCCCUGCAGGUGGGCAGCACAGCGCCACCAUCGCUGCCCUGCAGGUGGGCAGCACAGCGCCACCAUCGCUGCCCUGCAGGUGGGCAGCACACCGCCACCAUCGCUGCCCUGCAGGUGGGCAGCACAGCGCCACCAUCGCUGCCCUGCAGGUGGGCAGCACAGCGCCACCAUCGCUGCCCUGCAGGUGGGCAGCACAGCGCCACCAUCGCUGCCCUGCAGGUGGGCAGCACAGCGCCACCAUCGCUGCCCUGCAGGUGGGCAGCACAGCGCCACCAUCGCUGCCCUGCAGGUGGGCAGCACAGCGCCACCAUCGCUGCCCUGCAGGUGGGCAGCACAGCGCCACCAUUGCUGCCCUGCAGGUGGGCAGCACAGCGCCACCAUCGCUGCCCUGCAGGUGGGCAGCACAGCGCCACCAUCGCUGCCCUGCAGGUGGGCAGCACAGCGCCACCAUCGCUGCUCUGCAGGUGGGCAGCACAGCGCCACCAUCGCUGCCCUGCAGGUGGGCAGCACAGCGCCACCAUCGCUGCCCUGCAGGUGGGCAGCACAGCGCCACCAUCGCUGCCCUGCAGGUGGGCAGCACAGCGCCACCAUCGCUGCCCUGCAGGCAGCGGAGCAGGCAGCAGGGGCGGCAGGGAAGGAAGGGGGGAGGCCACUGGGAAGGACGGUGGUGGAGGAGGACCACCCGGGGCGAUGGAGGCAGCAUACCUUCCACCGCACCGGCGCCUAUGGCUUCAUCCAGUACAGUGCGUACCGCGUGUCAGCGGCGCGCAUAGCCGUGGUGGGGAUGGGCGCGCUGGGGCUGCGCAGCAAGCGGCGCGUGGAGGGGUGCUGGUGGCACCGCCUGGACGGGCACACGGUGAUCGCGGGCAAGCUCACGCAGAUGGUCAUGGAGGAGCACCACAACUACCUCUACGAGCUGGUGGUGCUGCAGUGCGCGCUGGAGGAGGAGGUGGCGGAGACGGGCGGGCAUCUGCGCAUCUUCCUCGACCGCCAAGUGCUCUUCCCCUUCCGUGAAGACACCAAGGAGAAGAUAGACAACAGCACGGGCCCCAUGCCGUACCACUUUGCGUACUGCGGCCCCCCCAUGCACGCGGAGAUGGAGCAGCGCAGCGUGCAGCAGUUCAUCGCCUACCACCGCUACGCCGCCGGCUACGACCACUUUCAGCUGUACGACGCCACCGCCGUCACGCCCGCCCUCACAGCAGCGCUGCAGCCGCUCAUGGACGACGGGCUGCUGACCAUCGCUGACUUCCGCCAGGCCUACCAGUUUGACUCCUGGUACUUCUCCCAGGCGGUGGCGAUGCACGACUGCAUGUACGGCAUGCGGCAGAGGGCGGACUGGAUAGCCUUCCACGACCUCGACGAGUACCUCGCGCUGCCCCCCCCCGCCUCCGUGCCCGCGCUGCUGCAGCGCUACGCCGCACUGCCGUACAUCACACUCGGCAUGUACGUGUUCAGCGCGCACCUGUGUGAGGAGGGCCCCGAGGACGUGUGGAGUGACGAGGAGAAGCGCUUUGCGGUGGAGCGCAUGGUGCAGCGGCGGUCGGUGCCGUACUGCCUGCGUGCCGAGGACGACCCCAAGCUCUGUAUCGACUACUAUGGCCAUCGCAAGAUGUUCCUCAACCCCCGCAAGGUGGAGGCGGUGUACGUGCAUCUGGUGGACAAGCCGGCCACGGGCGGGGUGGACCUGAGUGUGGACGACAUGUACUUCGCCCACCUGCGCUCGCUCAACGGCAAGGGACUGGCGUGCCGCCCGCCCACGGACAAGGAGAACGACCUGCCGCCCGCAGAGCUGGAGAAGUGCACCACUGUGGCCGACACCGCUGCCCGCGCCCGGGAGUGCGCCCAGGAGGGCUUCUCCAACCAGUUCCUGUGCAAGCCCAGAGCCACGCGCUAG